GAGAACUCUCUGAAAAAGGGUUCCUGAGUAAAAAAAAGGUUCUGAUUUUUAAUCUUUACUAGAUUCUUCCCUGCUCUUUUUCUUUCUAUCUCCUGAGUUUCCUUCUCAGCUUGGUUGAUGGAUGAUAGAGUUAGACCUCGUGAAGAAGAACAUAAGAGCUCCUCUCUUCAUGAUCAUAAUUCUCCACCGCAAAGGGAUGGAGAUUAUGCUGAGAUUGCAGAGGAAGAGCAGCUAUGGAGGCGAGGCAUUGUCUCAUCAAGAACACCACAAGAUACUGGAGAUGAUCUUUUGAGACGUAAUGCAUCCUUAACAUCAAGCCCUAUUGCCAAAAGAGUCAACUUUUCUCCAAUGCCGAGCCCUAGAAUCAGCCAACGUGGGGCUUCCCUCAGUCCUUGUUCGUCCUCUUCAAGAAACAGACCUAACAAUAGCCUGAAGAAUCUGAUCCCAAAGUUGACCUUCAAAAACAAGAACAGCAAUAACAGUAACAUGGAUAUCGAGAAAGCUGCGGAUUUGUCCUUUGGUGCGUCUCCUCCUUCUUCAGGAAACGGCAGGGGCAGGUCUACAUGGACUCUCGGUAAUAUUUUAACUCCAAGGUUGAAGAAAACUGAGUCCUUGCCUGUAACCCCUAUAGCUCACUCGAAUCCUGGGUCCACACAUGGGAGAUAUGUGGUUGAUCAGGUUGCUUCCAUGAAAAAAGGGCCUCCACUGCAUAUUCACCGAUCACGCUCAGUUCCAGCAUUCAACAAAGAUGGAAGUCUAAGGCAAUCAGGUGUUUUCCGGGUUAUUCCUACUCCCGACAUGACGCCAACCAGAAAUAUUAAUAAACUUAACGACACGAAUGUUGAUGGAGGAGAAGAUGUUCCUGAGGAAGAAGCCGUGUGCAGAAUCUGUUUGGUAGAAUUGGGAGAAGAUUCAGAAGCCUUCAAAAUGGAAUGUAUGUGUAGAGGUGAAUUAGCUCUAGCACACAAAGAAUGUACAAUCAAAUGGUUCACCAUUAAAGGAAACAGAACAUGUGACGUGUGCAAGCAAGAGGUUCAGAACCUCCCUGUCACCCUUCUCCGCAUGCAGGAUUCUCAUUUUAAUCUUGGAGCUACCGAGGCUACUCUCUUCAGGCAAGUCAAAUCCAAACAAAUACCACAUUCGAUGGUAUGGCAGGAUGUUCCAAUUCUUGUCAUUGUAAGCAUGCUUGCGUACUUUUGUUUCCUCCAGCAGCUUCUGCUAACCAAAAUGAAAUCAGGCGCCAUUGCAAUAUCUUUACCGUUCUCUUGUGUUUUUGGUCUUCUUGCCUCGAUGACGUCAACUACAAUGGUGAAGAAGCAAUAUGUAUGGAUUUACGGCACAAUUCAGUUCGGCCUUGUAGUUUUUUUCUCUCACAUUUUCUUCUCAUUGGUUCACAUGCAGCCGGUUUUGUCUAUUCUCUUAGCCACAGUGGUUGGUUUCGGACUCACCAUGAGCGGCGCAACGGGUAUAGUCGAGUUUUCAAAAUGGAGGAGACGCCGGAGGACAGCUGAACUUCCAAGCAGUAGUCAGGCUGAUCCACCACCAGUUCAGAGUAUCUCUGAAUCAUGAAACUGAAGCUAUAGGUCUGGAGCAGUUUAUGGUAACCAAAUCAGAUUAUUUCGGUCGAGUUUUCUGGACAUCUGGAUGGUGCUCCAUCUAUUUAGAGACGUGAGAAGAGAUUGGUCAUUUGGGUGGUCUCUUUUGUGUGUGAAUAUGUGAGUGU